AUGGCAUCAUCUGAAAAGAAAAAUAAAUCAACAUUAUUCGAUGAUGAUGAUGAUCUUGAUCGAAAUUCCACUAAGAAGAAACUUGAACGAAUUCGCGUCAAUGAUAUACCCGAUAUUGAUAAAUACGUAUUAAAUCUUACAUCGGAAAAAAUUUAUGAUUUUAUUAAAACAUUCAUAAAAGUGAUGAAUGGUGUUGAAAAUGUACUAAAUAUGGAAGAAAAAUUCAACAAAAAUAUUUUUGGCAAAUUCGAACUAAUCAAUAAUGAUCAUUUACAUUUAUCGUCAUAUUUUUCACUUAUAGGUACAUUUUUAAUUACAAUAAUAUCACAUAGAACAAUAACAACUGAAGAUUUAUGUUUAUUUUCAACAAUAUUACAAGAUGAUAUUAUUAAUAAAAAUAUUUCGAAUUGGUCAAUAUUAAAUGAUUUUAUUAAAUUAUUUCGUACUAUUUUACAUACUGAAUUUGUUAAAAAUAUUUAUUAUGAAUUAAUCAAUGAUGAACUAGAAUCAAAGAAUAUUCUUGAUGCUGAUCGUUUUAAAGAUAUCAUUGAUAGUACAAUUGAAGAGAUAAUUGAAAAACGUGGCAUAACAUUCGCCAACUUAUCAACAUGUUUUAGUGCCAUCACAUGCUUCAACAGAACAAUAAUUAUAAAUAAAAAUAUUAUUCUAUUAGAAUUAAUUGAUGAUGCAAAAAAUUUGAAGGACAAUUCAGUUAUGUUUGGAGCAUUAUUAGUGAUAAUGUUACGUGAAUUUUUUCAUGUUUUACGUCGUACAACAAUAGAACAUGCAUUCAAUCCAUUUUAUGAACGAACACCACGUCGAAAAAUUCCAUCACGUCACAAUAUAGAAAUGGUUGAAGGUAGUACACAAUUAGAAGAUUGUUUAUUUGGUAUUAUAUGCGAAAGUGUUGGUUAUCUCGAUAGAGAAUUUUUAUUAAAUUCUCAAAAUUGGAUUAAUCAUAAUCAUGAAGAAUUUAAAGAAAAAUUUAAUGAUGCAAGAAGACGUGAUUUACAAGAAAAUAAAAAACAUAAUCGAUGGAUUAUACCAUGUAAAUCUCAUAUAAUUCAUGAUGAUACGGAAACGUAUGUUCCAACAACAACAAUAAUGUCUUCAGAACGGUGGGCAAUACCUCAAUGUGUAUUGGCAGCACCGUUUUCUCGCAUUGAAUAA